ACCUGACGUCUAUCCGAGGGCGGCUGCUUCCGAGGAUGCAGUCCAAAUAGGAGGAAGCUCUACCUGACCUUUCCCACAAAGGACCCUUUCCCCACCGGGGCCAACAGGAGCGAGUUCGGCCUGAGCCUGGGGAGAAGCGAGGGAAUGAGGGGCGGAAGUAGAGCCGGUGGAGGAGGCGCCUGUAUCGGGCCAAGGCUUUGACGCGAUGGGCCCUGAUAGGGCCUCGGUAGAGAGGAAUCCGGGAGGAUCUAAGCGAUGUCCAGGAGCAGAGAUUGGCCCCGCAGGCGACGUGAGGAGGUGGAGCCUGCGCUGGGUCCCAGCGCAGGUUGCGCAGGGAGCUAGGAGUUGUGGCUUGGGCGGGGCUGGAGGGGCAGAGGCGGAGCCAGGGCAGAGACCAGGUCUGCGUCGGCUGUGUUAUGACGCCCUAAACCGGAGGAGGGGCGGAGCCUAAGCGGUGGCGCGCGGAAGCGGGGUGGGGCCUGGCUGUCUAGGAAGAGUCUGGAUCAGGUCGGGCUCUGGGGAAGACGACCGCUGCAGUGCGACCGCCGUACCGCUAGGGGCCAGCGCGGACGGUCAGAAGAGUCCAAACCAUAGACAGCGAGAAACCGACCCGCGCAGAGCGAGCACGCGGAGCGUCCCGGAGCUUGGCUUCAGCAUGAGAGAGAGGGAAACCGAGGCACAGAAGACACUGCCGCCUCUUCCUGAGUCAGAGUUGACCCUGAGAUCCAACCUGGCCACGCUGACCCUGGAUCCUGCACACCAGCCAGAGAAGACCCCAGCCCCCAACCUGGCUGAACUGACCCUGGAGCCUGUGCACUGCCGACCUGAGCUCCUGGAUGCCUGUGCCGACCUCAUCAAUGAGCAGUGGCCCCGCAGCCGUGCCUCACGCCUGCACUCCUUGGGCCAGUCCUCAGACGCCUUCCCCCUCUGCCUGAUGCUGCUGAGCCCCAGCCCCACACCUGAGGCAGCCCCCAUUGUGGUGGGGCAUGCCCGCCUGUCGCGGGUGCUGGACCGGCCCCAGAGCCUCCUCGUGGAGACAGUGGUUGUGGCCCGACCUCUCAGGGGCCGUGGCUUUGGCCGCCGCCUUAUGGAGGGCCUGGAGGUUUUUGCUCAGGCCCGGGGCUUCCGCCGACUACACCUCACCACCCACGACCAGCUACAGUUCUAUGCCCACCUGGGCUACCAGCUGGGUGAGCCUGUGCAGGGCCUGGCCUUCACCAGCAGACGGCUGCCUGCCACCCUGCUCAAGGUCUUCCCCAGAGCCCCCUCUCCCCAGCCACCCUGCAAGGCUUCUAGUCUAACUGCCCAAACUGCCCCAAGAGCCCCCAAGGGGUCAUCACUGCCACCACCUCCUCCACUGCCUGAGCCCUUGACCACCUCACCCCCACCUCCUGCAGGACCCCUUCCAAAAAGCCUGCUGGAGACACAAUACCAAGACCUGAGAGGAUGUCCCAUAUUCUGGAUGGAAAAAGACAUCUAAGGGCUACCCAGGAGAAGGCACUGUCCUUAGGGUUGAUGGACUGCCUAAGACAGUACAAGCCUCAGCCCCUUGGCCAUACCUCAGUCCCUAGACCCUGGGGGCAGCUUUAGCCUGACCAUGUUUCCUGAGUACCAGUGGGGCCAGGAGAUGGCUUCAUGGCUGUGGCUCAGAGCUGUCAGUGUGGCUGAAUAAAGGCUUCUGUUGGA